AUGACUUAUCACAGAAAUGAAAAGGUUCGGGAGUUCAUCAACAACGUCGCAAAACUCUGCACGAAGCCAACAUUUAUCCCGGUGCUCAACGGACCCGUUUCGACUCCUGGCGGGUCAAGCAGUAUCUCGCCUGAGGCGUUUAUCCUGGCACACGCUGUUCAGAUACUUCUCUUCGCCCCCCAGGACUGGAACCCCAAUCGCAUCUACUCUCGGGAUCAGAGCGCUUACCCUCAUCGAUUCCCGACCCCUAAAACAAUUGGAGGUGGGACAACACCCGCUGUCGCUGGACUCUUCUCUGUAGAAGACCUCCACCGCGCGGUUUUGUUGUUCUACUACUUGCUCAAACGACGGAGUGCAUCGAAAUGGAUUACUAAGACUGCCCCUCGGAGUUCGUCUGAUGUUGGGUUUCCAGGCUAUCACUGUCCAGCCUCCCCAGCAAUGAGUCAAGACCAACGUGAAGUUACUACUGCGCCACUGUCAAAUGACGAGCCUAGCAACUCUAUGCCUAACUCCCAACCUGAUCAGCCGACUUCUUUGGUGGAUGCGGAUGCAUCUGAAGCUCUUGGCGAACCGCAGCAGAUUAAAGGGCUUGAUACGAUCAAGAUCAACACAUUGUUGAUAGAGGCCUCGACAACCACGCGCCCAAGACGAACUGUUGCCGAGCGCCAGAGGGCGCUACAUAGACCUGAGAUGCAUCCGCUUCUUGAAUGGGAGCUAAAGGCUGAAGUCGCUUUCGCCAAGAAACUCCACGCUCAGCCGGACUUCGACUUCGACAAACUCCUCGCAAGAUCUCGUGAGACUGAAACGCGGGUCACCUUCUCUCUCAAAGGGUCCGAUAUUACCACCUUCGUGAAACAUCAACAUGCUGGUACUGGUGAGCUCUCACCUACUAUUGUCAUCGAAGAGUGCGACUUCAAAGGAGAUAGCGACAUUGCUUGUCUUGUUGCAAGGAUCAUGCCCAAAGUCUCGGAACAGGUAUGCAACCAGACAGAUGAAGAGACGCUGAAACACCGCAGCGCACUCUUGGCCUGCUUCGAUUGGCGCAAUAACUCUGUUCUGAAAUCCAGCACGCCUUUCUUCCCAGGUACUCUCAGCAAUGCAAAGAGUGUCAUCGAGAGACUCAACGAUCCGAAAGUUCCAAGGUCGCAGAUUGAGGACGAUGCCAAUCCCGACGUGAUCACCAUGACCAAUUUGUACGACACGGUACACGAAGAUGAAAGCUGUGGUGUUGAUCUGUUCUACAUGCAGAACCAACUAGAUAGAAGUGUGAAGGCACUGGGCAGCAGGGAUGUCACGAUCGGCUGGCUUCUCUACCACAGUCCGAUCAUGACCUGGGCGCUAGAUUUGGCGAUCAAGUACUGCAAAGAUAACAAGGAGCGUCUUCUUGUGUAUGUCGAAGACUCAUGGAUCCAAUGCGUUCUUGUUAGCCUGUUCGUCACGGCUGGAUUCGAUGUCGGCACUGUCCGCACUUCGGAUGGGGCAGGUGAGACUAAUCGCAUCAUUCGAGAAUGGAACAACCCUCAGUCUGGCCUGGAGAUCUUUGUGGCCAACAUUCACACCAAGGUGAUGCAUGCGGACAUGCAAAAGUACUGCUGUAAAGCUCUGGUUCUGGAUUGGCCGCUUGAGCCAGAACGCCUUCUUCGGACUAUAAACCACAUGGUCAAGAACCGGCUGAACCACAGAGAGCCAGCAAUGGUUCAUAUGCUCAAGCUUCGCUGGAGUUACCAUGAUGAAAUCGAGAGAAUCUGCUGCGCCAAGAGGGCAAUGCAGCUGUCGAAGGACAUCAACCUACCUGAAUGGAUGACAGGUGCAAUCCGUGAGGUCUGCAUCUUUGAGAUGAUCAAGACUGCGUGGCACCAGGGAUUCAACCGCUAUGCUUGGGUAGUCAUGCACGACAUGGAAGGGCAAGACUAUGAUGGGCGCUCCAUGACACAUCACGAUGGUAUCGCCCCUGGCCUCGGUCAUGUCUUCUCCAUUGCGGCCAAGCUGAUGCUCAACUUCCCCGAAGACAAGAAAUUCUGGGCCGACAAUGAAGAUGUCCUUGUCGCAGGGUGCUAUCGCUUCCUCAAGGUGAUUGACGUUGACUUCGAAAAGGGGGUUGAUAGGCUUGAGGAAAAGCUGAGUUACACGCCAGAAAGGUUGAGGGAAAACUGUCUCUUGGCGUUCGAGCAUUCCAUGAGGUCCACACACGAUCAGUUUGAACCUGGGUACGAACAUGGAGAUGCCUAUUACGAACGGAAUGAGCAGUUGCGUCUUGGUGUUGAGGCUAGAGCUCGGGGUGAGGUCAGUGCUUGGACUCUGGUGUUGUGCCUGAGGCGGAUAGAGAUGAAGAGGCAGAGCAGGUUGAUGAGACUGGCACGAAGUGCAAGGCUAACGAUGGUGGUGAUGGUGGCGCGAAGAAGCAGAAGACAAGCGCUGAUUAGGUUCAGUGAAGCAUGCUGGAUGCGGUUUUGGACGGGACAGAUGAGAUUGACAGAGACAUCGGCGCGCGAUAACGGCUAG